UGUGUUUUGAAAAUGUUAGUGGUUUCCCAGAUCUCGAUUCAGGAUACACUACAAGAAAGAAUUCACAAGAUAAACUUUGUUAGAAUAAAAAAAAAAAUUCCACCUCACACAGUUGUCUUGUUUUUGAAAAUAAUGAAUUUUAUUAUGGCUAGUUGAUGCUGCAUUUGAUGAAAGACUAUGAUUUUGCUGGUUGAUUGUGGCUUCACUUCAAGAUAUUUAUUUAGCUGUUUUUUUAUUAUUUUCAAUGCAUAUUGAAUGAAAAGAUGAAAGCUGCAACUUCCCCUUGUAAAUGUAUUGAUUUUUGAGAUAGCAAAGGCAAAUAGCUCUGAAAUUGAAGCUGGAGAAUCAGAGAUGAUCAGUUUGUGAAACAGAGGACCACUCACUAUUAAAAGCUGUUGCUGAAUAGGCUGGACAAAUGGCAUUUUUUAGAAACCUUCACCAAAAUCUGAACCUUCCCUCUGUGUCUUCCCUGGUGGACACGCUCAGCAGCGCUGUGGAUGACCUGGCCAGUGUUGUUGGCGAGGUCGGCUACUCUGUAGCUGACUCAGUGACAGAGCAAGUAACAAGCAUGAUCAGUGGCCUGCGGGCAGAAGAUGAGAGCUCCAAAACACAGAGUGAUAAACCUGUAGAAGGCAGAGAGGAACACACACCGUCAUUAAAUCAUUCUCAGGAAAGUAAUAUGAAAACAAAGAGAAGUGCUGCAGAACACAAAGAGACUCAUAAUUCUGAUUUGUUAGAUUUUGUAAGAAAAGGUACAAGUCAAGUUGGACUAUCUGACCAUGUCUCAAACAAAAACCAGUGCCAGUUAAGAGGCACAGAUAAUAAUAAUCCUGUCAGUGAUACAGAAGUACCUCAGGAUUUGAAGACUGUAGGAGGACCUUUUAAAAGGGAAGCAGUAGGGGGAAAUGAGUGUUUUAUAAAUGGUAAGGAUAGUAACCUGAAAAGUAACAAAUUUACUGUGGAGCAAUCUAUUGAGGAGCAAGAGAAUUGUCUAUAUGCAGUAUCAGAUAAUUCUAAGAAUCAUGUGCAUAAAAAAAUCAAACCACAGUCACCUGGAGUUGAUUUUAAAGAUUCUGGUAAAGUGCACAGUAUGAAUGUUCCCCAAGAUUUAGAAGCAAAACUUGUUGAAGUACAGAAGGAGAAAUUAUCAGGCUCCAGCUUGAAGAAGAUGCACAAUGACCGUCUUAAUUGCCUUAAUGAAAUCAAAGAAAAGAAAUCUGAAGCCUUCUUUGACAGAAAAGGAAAACCCACCUCGAAAGAUGAAGGCAAUGUGUCAACUACAAUUGCGAAUAAGGGUAAAAGGGAAAGCUCAAAGAAAUUAGAAAGAGAGCUAUAUAGUAAGAAGACAGCAGGAAAAGCAAACUGCAUUCAGAGGAUGAGAAGAACACCUCCGCUGGAUGAACUGCAGCCGCCUCCGUACCAGGAUGACAGUGGUUCUCCUCAUCUUUCCUGUACGCCUUCUGAAGUUGGAGACAGCAAAUGCGAAUAUUCCCAGUGUAGCAACAGUCCAAGAUGUUCAUAUAAAUGCCCAAGUGAGGGAAGCACAGGACAUGAAAUAGAAAGCUUUCAUAACAAAGGAUACGAGGAGGAUGUUCCGAGUGAUAGCACAGCGGUUCUUAGUCCAGAGGAUAUGUCAGCUCGAGGAUCAUCUUCACAGCUUCCUAAACCUUUUGAUCCUGAGCCAGUAGCUAAAUAUGGCACACUGGAUGUGACUUUUGACUAUGACUCACAGGAACAGAAGCUUUUGGUGACAGUGACAGCUGUCACAGACAUUCCAACAUACAGCAGGACAGGUGGAAGCUCGUGGCAAGUACACCUAGUUCUUCUCCCUAUAAAGAAGCAGAGAGCAAAAACCAGCAUCCAGCGGGGACCGUGCCCUGUGUUCACAGAGACAUUCAAAUUUAAUCACGUCGAGUCUGAGAUGAUUGGGAAUUAUGCAGUUCGCUUUCGACUGUACAGUGUACGGCGCAUGAAAAAAGAGAGGAUUGUGGGAGAAAAGAUUUUUUACUUAACAAAAUUGAAUCUUCAAGGGAAGAUGUCAGUGCCAGUGAUACUGGAACCUUCUUACAGUCUGCCUGGUUGUGACUCUCAAAUGAGCAUGUCAGAAGUGUCCUGCAGUGAAAGUACCUCCUCUUGUCAGUCUCUGGUACAUGGCUCAGCUCCAGAAAUCCUCAUUGGCCUCCUUUAUAAUGCUACAACUGGAAGAUUAUCAGCAGAAGUGAUAAAAGGCAGCCACUUCAAAAACUUGGCAGCGAACAGACCACCCAAUGGACUGUUCUGUUGUCUAAAACACUUGAUAGGUGGACAGGUUUAUAUAAUCCGAGAUACCUAUGUUAAGCUAACACUGCUGAACUCGAUGGGGCAGGAGAUGUCCAAAUGCAAAACUUCAAUCCGCCGAGGGCAGCCGAACCCCGUGUACAAGGAAACCUUCGUUUUCCAGGUGGCACUGUUCCAGCUCUCGGACGUGACGCUCAUCCUGUCUGUGUACAAUAAGCGCAGCAUGAAACGAAAAGAGAUGAUAGGGUGGAUUUCCUUAGGUCUCAACAGCUCAGGAGAAGAUGAACUCAAUCACUGGACUGAAAUGAAGGAAUCUAAAGGACAGCAAGUCUGUAGAUGGCAUACUUUACUGGAAUCGUAAUGGAUGGUGGAAAGUGCAGUCUAAGUGGUUCUAAGGGAGUUUGUUCUCCCGGGAAGAUGAUCAUCCCUGGUCGCAAUCAGCAGAUGUGUUGUGGGAGUAAAAACUGGAAAUUGAGGUCAACAUUCCAUCAUAAAGGAUGCACAACAUGCAAAAUGGUGGGAUUUAAUAUAGAAUCUUCACUUAGUGUCAUGAACUUCCUUGGUGUCAGAGAAGCCUUGCUGUGCACAGAUAUGAUAGCAGUAUUCCCUUCCCCAUCCACCUGAUGCUGUAUUUGUUUGGAUUUGUUUUGUGGUUUUCAAUUCAGAAACAUUUUGUGCAAGGUUCUCCAAAUUAAUGUAAGCUCCUCCUUGUGUACCUUUUGUAUUGCUUUAAUACUGUAGCUUCUGACCUGCCUGCAUUCAGAUUAAAGGUCAAUAGUUUGCACUUUGAGAAAAAGUUAAUGGUCUGUAAAGCAAAAGCAAAAAAAAAAAACAACAAAACCACUGGUGAAAGAACACUUAAUAAUAUAGCAAAUAGAAAUAUACUGUUGUUUUGCACUGAGUUUCUUCCCAGGAGCUUAGUAAAGUAAGUUUUCAUUUUUUGAUAUGCAGUUGGUUUGAAAAAUACUAGCAUUUGGGCAUCAGGUGAACUUUGACAUCAAACUAAAGUUUCUUCAAUCUGUGACAGGAACGAGCUCUAUAUAUGGCAAAAAUUGGGUUUUUCCCUCUUGCCUGUACUUCUGCCUAAUCCAAAGAGACCAGAUCAUCAGUUUGGUCCCUUCCAAAACUCCUUAGACAGGUUGUACUGUAAAACUAUGUAACUUUCUGUUGAAAGCACUUCCUGUAUUCAUGUAUUCCAAUGUAGGAAGCUCUUAGAGCACGACUUUACUAAAAUAUAUUUUCAUUAAACAAAUUGAUACAGGUUUCUUUAAAAUGUCAGCAUUUGGAAAUUAGGUUGAACGACAGUGAAGGAAGUGGCAGCAGUUGAACUACUCUGAAUGAAUGCAAAAUACUAUGGCUUUGCUUGAAACAGCUAUCCAUUCAGGCCUCUUGUGAGCUGUUUUAGGAAUUACCGUAUGCUGUCUGUUGGAAGUAGAGAGCAAACCAGGAGUUUUUACCUUUCUUCUUGGAGAACAUCAGUAAGUUAUUUUUCUAGUGAUUUGCCAGCAAUUGAAUGAAUGUUCACACACAAAAUAGAAGUUUGCUUUGGUUAUGUUCAGGCUGGGAAACACAGCUUUCUAAGGACACAGUUGAGAAGCUGCAGUAUCACAAGAAGGUUUGCCAUCAGAUAAACACCACUAAAACUGGGGAAAUAUCAGUGCUUCUGAGAUUCUUAUUUGUCCCAAAGCCUUUAGCUGGACUCACACUAAUUUAUUGACUGCUGAAUCUAAUUCAUAUUACUGAAAUUGUGCGUUACUGAGUAAACAUAUUUUUUUAAAAGCUUCCCAAUUCAAAUAUUCUUUUCACCUGUAAUUACAAGCUUUGUUUCUUUUUAAUUGUUGCUGUAUAGAAAGCAAGCAAUUUCUUUUUUCUUAUAAAUGAUGGUGAUGUCUUACUAAUAUGAGACCUCACUGACUUUUAGCACUUGGUGGGUAGAAGAGUAAAGUGUUGGAUUUUGUUUAGACAAUUGGUGUUAGUCUAAAGCGUUCUCAUUAGAACAGAUUUGUUCCUCUUGAAUUUCUUUAUAAUACCUUUGAACAAUCCUGGCUUUGGGGUAUACAGACAGUCAAGUACAGUGAGACUGGUGAUGGUGAGUAUGCUGUAAUAAAGAUAUUUCACAUGGUUCUCGAAUUCUCACACUAUUUAAUUUCUUUAAGUCCUUUUUAAAGGAUUUUGUAAUUCUACAUCUUGGUUUAUUUGGUGUCUUUUGAGGGAUUUAUUUGCAGAGCCAGGUUUUCAGUUUUUGUUGAUUUAAAGAUUUAAACAUUAUUAGAGGCCUUUGGUUUGGUUUUUUUUUUCUCCUGAUAUUACGCUGCUGCUUCAUUUACAGAAGCUUUGUUUACUAAAUACAAACGAUGCAAAAACUUUCUUUAAACAUGAGCAGUCUUGCAGUAAUACAAUGCAGGUUGUCUCUCUCAGUCAUUUUUGUUAGUCCAGUUUGUGAAAUGUAAUGUUGAGUGUAGAAUUUAAUCAACAUUAAUUUUAUAUGCGUAAGGAAAAUGCUCAGAUUUUCCCAAUCCUUUAUGCUUUCCAUAUAAUAGAAGCAAUGAUGUAGAAGCUGUUGAAAAGCAGUUUUUCAGUGGAUAUGGAAGUGGUUUUAUCUAUUCUGUUUGUGGAUACUUAGACGCUCUUUCCUAAAACUGAAAAUUGUCUCUUGAUGGUUGUCUCUUUGUACAGGUUUUGCUAUUUAAAAUAAUGUACAAUAUUGAACAGCAAGAACUGAGUCAGGUAAUUCCAGUGGAGAACGUACUUAACAUCAUCAUUGAACAAGUGAAGAAGUCAGUUUGGAAGGUGCAGCAAAUAACCUCUUACAGAACCAAACUAAACUAAACUGUCAUGACUUGGAUUCCUGUUUGUAGUUUGCAUUGCUUCAGCUUUGCGUUUCAGCCUUUAGAUUUCUAAGGCACUGAAAUCUUAAUUUAGACAGUAGAGAUUUGUGGUACUCUGUGUUGGGCUCAUUUGGGAAGAGGAAUCUCUCUCUAGGACUUUUCCUGAAGUAUCCAGGACCACUCUGUGCUUCACAGAAGGAGGAUUGGUUUACUUGGAUUUAUACUGUACAAAGGCUAGGAACGGAAUGUAUAAAGAAUGGAAAUGAACAUUUAAUUUUGGGGCAGUAGAAUAUGGAUUUGUCGUGCAAAACCAGUCACACCAAUAAUUGGAUUUGCCUUGGGAUUUUUGUGAGUUAAUUAUUGUACCAAUAGCUGUCAUGUUGGUUUUUUCUUCCUAGAACCCAUUCUUAUUAUUUGAUUUGUUUGUAAGUUUGUUUUUCUUAUUGCUUAUGCAAACCUAUACUUUUGUAUUUGAAAUCUGCCUUCAGCUAUUGUGGGUUUUUUAAACCCUACAUAAGGGCUUGCACACGCAGUGUGGUUUUGUACAUUCAGGUAGGUCUUAAGCACGGAACAGAAUUGCUGAAGAACAAAGUAUCAGUAACAAAUUAGAUGCACUUGUAUUUUCCCCAGAGUUGGCUGUGGCUUUUUCAUAGCUUUUUGUUGUUUGCCUUUGUUCAAAAGUACAGUAAGUACUUGAAAAAAUGUAUCAAAUUAAUUACUUUUCUGUGUGCCAGCAAACCAUGUAGAGAUUGCAGAUCUUGAAUUGAAUCUGUUUCCUGUCAGUGUAGCCUUAAAUAAUUGUAGAACAGUGACUUUCUUACAGAUUCUAUUCUUGAAAGUAUUGCAUCCUUUCUGUAAGUGAUCUGUUUGGUUUAGUGCUUAGAACAUUUCAUGUACGUCCUAAUGUAUUGUAAAUGUGAAAAAGCUGGUCAGUUCCUUUCUGUUAAGGGCAAGGUUGUGAAGGGCGGGACAGCCAAGCACGAGGUCACUGCGCUGAAGGAGGAGAGGUUGUGCAGCGCCUGCAGGACAUCGCUGUCUCCCACAUCCGAGGAGGCAGGAAGGCAGCAGAGCCAUCCUGCUGCUCCUGUUCAGCCAGGGGGCACGGGGAACGAGGGGAGCACUGGAAAGAUGCAAAGCUCGGUCCUUGUGCUGCUGCCUCAUGCUCAGGAUGUGAGACAUCCACGUUGUAGCUGCACUGUGAGGUCUGACUGCAAAGGCAGAAGCAAGGCAAGGUGUAAGCUUUGCUAUGGAAGAAAUACGACACGAUUUCUAAACUAAAUUGAAGUCCUCUAAGCUCAUUAAUAAUUAUAUUGGGAAAUUUUGGGAGUGAAUGUAUGUGCUUUUGUGGGAGCUGAACAUUGUUAUCAAUUUAGAAAAUACUUGAGCUGCAAACAGAUUUUAUGGCAUUUACUGUGGGAAAUAUUUUUACCUGUAAAUUUUUGCAAUGACUUUUGAUGGCAGAUGCAGUGUCAGCAUCAGUACCUUCCCAUUUUCACACCUUUGGAGGAAUUCUUUUGUUGUCUACAAUCUGUGUUUGUGUUCUUAAUUUAUUCUCUUUUCUCCCCAAUGACUCACUCCUGCAAGCUCCCCAGGGCCCUGAGAAGCUGCCUGUGGCAGUCACUGGACCUUAGAGAUCAGGAACACUCUGCACUUUAAAGUACUGGUGCAAAGUUUCUGUGACCUGUCCAGCUCCCAAAGAUUUCUGAAAUGCAAACCAGAAGAAGAAAACUUUGAGGGAGACAUUUUCAUGCAGGAAUUGAGUACAGAUCAUUCUUACACAUCCCAGUUCUAACAACAAGUCUGGGGUAAGGUCAGGGAGUGAGGUGUGAGGGGAGGCCUUUUGGCCUGAGCUGUUCCAACCUGAAAUUAACAACAGAGCACCUUUCACUGAACUCAGAGUUGUAUUGAGCCCUCUACUUAUCAUACUUUUCUGGAGGAAAAAAAGCUGUCCUGUUUAUAGCAGUCUUUAGAAUGGUGGCUUGUCACUUGUAAGGCAGACUGACUUCCUCCUGAAGCUGAAUUCUCAAUAACUGAACAUCCUUUUAAUCUUUCCACUGAUGUGCAUGCCUGCCUGCCAUUAAUGUUAGUGAGAGGAGCCCAUGGGCUUCAAGUGGAGAGCAGACCUCACCUUGGAAGAGUGAAGAGCAAUGGGAUUGGUACGUUAGAGAGGUGGUACAGCCUGGCACCUGCAACACAGUCAAAUAUGAUUUCAAUUAUAAAUGAAAGCAGAAAACCAAACAUCUGGACACUGUCACAAACUUGUUAUUUAAUCAUUAUAUCUUAUUUUUGUUUCUUCUUUUCCUCAGCUUUUGAAAUAUUUUUAAAACAUUUUUAAAACUUAUUGUUAGAAAUGUUCAAGUGGUCCCUAAACAUCUUGAUCAUUUUAACUGGAACAUUUAGCAGUGCUUAUUGUUAGAAGGAGCCAUCAAGAAUGUUCUGUUUUUUGGUCUCUAACUCAACUGCUAGAUUUUGUAGUACAUCACAGCUGGAUUUCACAGGAUUUCAGACUACUUUGUUCUGAUGGUAGUUCUUGAGGGAAAAGUCACAGGAGCAUUUCCUUGUCAGCAAAUCACCAACACCCAUUGAAGAGAUGUCAUCUGAGAGCAAGGGCAUUAAAAUAAGGGAUGACUUUGUACAGUAGCAGCAACAGUGACUCAUAUUCCACUCUUGGAACCUUGUGGCCCUUGGAGGGCCCUGCUCAGAGAAACUGUGACAUGUGAGUUGUGGGAGUUCAUGGAUUCAGAGCAGCACUGCUCUCUGUGGACAUUGUGUGGCUUCUAAACCAGUGUAAUAUACAGAGGGUAGAUGGUUUUUUAUUUGCCUUGGGUGAGUAGGGCAAGUGCCAACUGGCCUACAGUGACAUGGAUUAGUUUAGCCUUAAGAACUUAUCACUGCCCCUCCUUAAAUUCAAGCAGGGUUUCUUCCUUUCUGCAGCCUAUGCAGGAAUCUUAUGCACCAGUAUCUGCUUAUAUUAUGUCUACCUGAAUAUGGCACAAUUAUUAGUGCUGGCAAGCUUAGUUCUUGUGUGGUGUGACUGUAGUAGUGGAUGGGCCUGGUACAUGCUGGAUCAGGUUUUGCUGGAUCAGGUUUUGCUGUUCAGGCUUAUGCUGAUCAAUAUAGAAACAUGGUCCUUAUGCAGAGGAAUGUGCCGGGAGUUAGGGAAGUUGGUGGUACUGCUCCUGUAGGAAUGAAGAUCAGGAGACAGCCCUGCCCAGAAAAAGGGCAAGGCUGUCCUAUAGCAAGAAGGAUUAAUUCAUUUCCUUGGAAGCAUCUGCUGGUUGAGCUGGCAUAAAGGCCCUACUCAGGGGAGCAGAAGCAGUAAUACCAUACCACUGAAGGAAUACCUCAUGGACAUUCAGGGAUGUAAUUAAUGUCAUCCUUUUCUCUCUUGUAUCUGAGGACAAGAGUCUUGCCCAUUGUAUCAAUAUAAUUUUUUUGCUGUGUUUUGCAAACCCCAUGGACACUGAUUGCAUGCUGAGGGUCUAAAGUGGAUUGCUUUUUAACUUUUGGUUCAUUUCCAGGGUGUGAGUUUGAAUGAAUUUGCAGAAUUAACUAGAAGAAUUAUCAUAGCUUUGAGAUGUGAUCUAGGCCAUAGUACAAGCAAGGAGCAGGGCUUUGAACCAGUUUUGAUAGUCAAUUUUGCAAAUGGCUUAUUAUGACAUUUUAAGAAAAUUUCUAAGCAGUUGAAUGUAUUAGGGAAUAUUUACAAAAAGAGGAGAUAGAGCAAUGAUCUUUUUUUACUAUACAGCUAGGUUGCUGUCCUUUCCAGUAAACCACAAGGUUCAUUAGUGCUCAGUACUGUUUCGUUUACGAUAAAUGUUUUUAAUGUGAUUUUCAGGACAAAGUGUAAUUAGUGAAACCUUUUAUUCAAUUUUUCCCUUUAUUUGCUUUUUUUAAGGAGAGAUUUCUCCUUAUAUAGUAUAUAUACUUUCUUACAGAGCUUUCUUACCUAUUUUUGUAUAAGAUGAUUUAACAAUGUGAAAUUAAAUGCUCUAUGAGCAAGCUAUAUCACUGUUAACGCAAUCAAAAGUGCUAAUAUAAUGACUAAGGGCCUGAACCUUCUGCCUUUUACUCAGGUCCUGGUUUAACCAGAUGUUGUUCAUGUUGUGUAGGACCUUUCCCUGUAAGCACUUCCAUCUAUUCCUGGGGAUGUCUCAGGGAAAGGCACUAUUAACGUGAAUAACAGUGGUAAAACUGAGCCUCCUCUCCAUUCUUAGUGGGACAUCUGUCAUGAGUAAAGGCUGCUGGCUCUGUCCCAAAGUAUAGUUUUAGAUUAUAGUUCCCUUGAUCUUCAGUGAUUUUGAACUUGUUUUUCUGGUGACUAUAAGCUAAUAACUGAUCUUAGUGAAUACAAAUAUUGAACUGUGCUGUUACCAGCAAGAUUAUUAAAAUGUGUUUCACAUUUUAAUUCAUUCUUUCAUUGGGAUAUCAGGAGUUGGAUUUGUGAAGCAUUCUAUUGCGUAGAGAUAGCACACAUUCACCACAUUUCUAGAAGGUAUAAAAUAUACAGUAUGUAGCAUUUUCUUGCAUACUUUUAUACUGCCUGUACGCCACCGAUGCAUUCGGUGCCUUCCUUCUUUUGUAUGAAACUUAAUAUGUAGAGAAACUGAAGUUAUGGUGUGUAAGCAAUGUCACUGCAACCGAAGAGAUGUCUUAAACUGAUUAUUCCUAGUCCGGGAGGUUUCAAAGGGCAGUUCAGUUUAACACAAUGCAUUUCUUUGAAUCUGAAGCUUUCCCCUUUCCUUCCUUGCCCCCACCCCACCCCCUGUCCAAGAAACUUCCUCAUAUGGCUGUUUAUUCUUAAUUGACUCCUGUGUCUGAUGUAAGUCACAUGGUGUUAACCAAAGAACCAAGUCUGUUUCUAAUUAUUUGGACAAAUAAUGUUUGGACUUGCAAUUACUUAAAGACAAAAAUGGUAUGAUGGAUCUCUGUUAACAAAUAUAAAAUAGGCUUCUGUAAAUGUGACUCCCAGCUGAGAAUUCCAAAUACCUCUUUUCUGACUGGAUGUGCAUUGUUGUAUCAGUAGCAAAGUGUUUGGAUUGUGUUUCUUGGUGCAUUUUGAUCAAAAUCCUAUCACAAACAGAAAUAUCAGUCAGUCAGUGCUGUCAGAUUAGCUUGGUUUACCAUGUUAUACCUAUAUCUGAAGUGUGCUACUUUGAGAACAGAUUUCGCUUUCCUGUGUCUGAAGUCCUGAUAUAGUCCAAUAAGUACCUGGUGUAUGCUGGUCUCACAGGAACAAACAGACUGAUGCUGCAUUGUAUGUACAUUUCCUACCAGAUUUCCUGCCAGUGUCCCUUCAUGGUACAACUUCUGUAAUAUAACACAGUUUUCAACUACUGUUUCGACCUAAAAUUCCUUAAAUUUCAAUGCAUGUAUAGCCUUAAACAUCUAAGACACCAAGCACAGUUUUAAUGGGAAUAGGUUAUAUUUGCAAGUCCUGUUUGUCUCAAAAGUCAUAGAAUUAUUUUUAUAUAUCAGUCAAAGAUUGUAGAAAAUGGGUACAUUGCAGUCAUGUUAUCAACCAUGCUCCUAAUUAUAUGCAUUAAAAAAAAAAGGCGUUUUUGCUAAAUGUUUUAGAAGUGAAGUAUCAGUGCUCAUUUCCUUUCUUGAAUUUGUUUUUGUUUUCAUAUUUUCAUUUCUGUACAGAACCUUGAUGCCCUUAACUAAUACCUGUGACUGAAUUCACACUGAUUUUCAGUAUUCCUUGAGCUGCUUUUCUUUUCUGUUCCUUUUUUAAACUGAAUAAGCAGUAAUUAAAAUUCCCCUAAAAAUUUCCUUUUUUUUUUUUUUUUACAUUUUGACAGUAACAUAAUUAGAGCAAAUGACUGUUUGCAGCUGUUUAUGCAGCUUAUUAAAGCCUGAGAACUUUGUUUGAAACUGUCAUUAUAAUCCAGAUGAAGACAUACAUUUCAUGGCAUUUCAGUCCACAUCAGGUGAACGCAGGAGCUCUGGCGAUGAAUGUGCAGAUCUGCACAUGGCGUGUCAGACUCUGAAUCCCCAGAGGGAUUUGUAAUUAAAUGUCGCAUUGUAUCUACAGUAUCUCCAGUUAUGUGUUGGCAGAUACUUGUUGUUUUGUUUUCUUUCUUAUUACCUAGCAAAAAACUACUUUUAUCAUUUUUGUGCUAUUGUAUAUUAACCUUGAGGGUUUCCAGCGUGCAAGAUCAGUGUAAUGUUGUCAGUUCUCUUUCUGUAAAAAAGCCCUGGACUUCCAGCAUACACAUCCCAUUCCUAUUCUGGGGAGAGCCAGAAUGCCACCAGCUGGUUUUAGUUAUAUUUACCUGUACAGCCCAGGUAACUUCAAUCCCAUGUUAGUUUGAUUGAAACAUGCUAUAGUGUAUCUUCAAACCACGGAUCUGUCACAACAUUAAAAUAGUCAUUUCGCAUAUCUGAAACUUUGCAGCUGUGAAUUUGUAUUUUGUUUACUCUAUCUCUGUGAAAUGUAUUUUUGUCAGUUUGAGGACUUUGGAUAUUUCAAAGUAUUUUCUGUAUGUGAAAUCAGCUUUUUGCAUGUGAAUUGAAUUGCUGGAAAUUAUUUAAAAAAAAAAGGAAAAAUCACUUUUAAAACCUGUUGUUGUCACUUUCCUUUGGAAUUCAUUACAUCGUAAACAAAACCAGACUUCACUGUUCAGAAGAUAGUAACGCUUGGUCAACCAUUGGAACUGCUGUCUGCAUUAAAGAAAAAAUAUUUUUUAAUUUUGGCAAGGUAAUCCUAGCCCUUACACACAUUUUGGCUCUGUUUACAAAUUUCCUAAGUUUCCCCAAUUCCCUUUCUGUCUCCCAGUCUUUGUUGAUGUCAUGAACCUUCUGCUUAGAGAACUUAAAAUUAACCAGUGUGACAAUGUUCUAACAAAUAUGAUGUGUAUACUGGCAAAUAAAGGCACACUCAGGUGAUCA